AUGUUUACAAAAUGCAUUAGUUUGUGUGGUUCUACAAUAAUUUAUGUGUUAUUCGCUUGUCUAUUGAUUGAAAAUUGCGUGGCUUUGCAAAGGACGCUGCGCCAUUAUGAGGUAUUCCACAAGAACGAUGUUAUACAUCGGGUGGUGAAGAGGGGCAUUAAACCUAGCAGUAAUCCUUUUAAUGUUAUCAAAGAAGUGGAGUUUACCACGUUAGGCAAAAACUUUCGACUGAUUUUACAUCCUCAUCGCGAUGUCCUCCAUAGUAAAUUCCGCGCCUAUGCCGUGGACGCUGAUGGCAAUGAGACUGUGGUGCACAUGGAUCAUGACAGUUUUUAUACGGGUCGCGUUUUUGGCGAACUGGAAUCUUCAGUUCGUGCCCAUAUUGAAGAUGGCACUAUGACAAUGUACAUCCACCUGCCCGAUGAAACCUAUCAUAUAGAGCCUUCCUGGCGCCAUUUACCCAAUGCUAAGAAAGACACCAUGGUGGCCUAUAAAUCAUCCGAUGUGAAGUUAAAUAAGAAUCAUAAUGGGGAUGGCGAUAUGCCAAAGACUUGUGGCUAUAUCAAAGAGGGCCUUGAAUUGGAAAGCAAAGAAGAGGAAAUGGAACAUUUACGAGAAAAGCGGCAAUCGGAUCAGUAUGAAUACACGCCCACCAAGACGCGAUGUCCCUUGCUCCUUGUGGCCGACUAUCGUUUCUUUCAGGAAAUGGGCGGUGGUAAUACGAAAACUACUAUUAAUUAUCUGAUAAGUCUCAUAGAUCGUGUGCACAAAAUCUAUAAUGAUACUGUUUGGCAAGAUCGUUCCGAUCAGGAGGGCUUUAAAGGCAUGGGCUUUGUGAUCAAAAAGAUUGUGGUUCAUUCAGAACCGACGCGUUUACGUGGUGGUGAAGCUCAUUACAAUAUGAUUCGCGAAAAAUGGGAUGUACGCAAUUUACUGGAGGUCUUCUCACGGGAGUACAGUCAUAAAGACUUUUGCUUAGCUCAUCUAUUUACCGAUCUCAAAUUCGAAGGUGGCAUUUUAGGCUUGGCAUACGUUGGCUCCCCUCGCCGCAAUUCAGUGGGCGGCAUAUGCACACCAGAGUACUUCAAAAAUGGCUACACACUGUAUUUAAAUUCAGGAUUAAGUAGCUCACGUAAUCAUUAUGGACAACGGGUAAUUACCCGCGAAGCUGAUUUAGUCACUGCCCAUGAAUUUGGACACAACUGGGGCUCCGAGCAUGAUCCAGAUAUACCCGAAUGCUCACCCAGCGCCUCACAAGGUGGCAGCUUUCUCAUGUACACCUACUCAGUCAGUGGAUAUGAUGUGAACAAUAAGAAAUUCUCGCCCUGUUCUCUUCGUUCCAUACGCAAAGUAUUGCAGGCCAAAUCAGGCCGCUGUUUUUCGGAACCGGAAGAAUCCUUCUGUGGCAAUUUGCGUGUCGAAGGUGAUGAGCAGUGCGACGCCGGUCUCCUGGGUACUGAGGACAAUGACUCGUGCUGCGACAAAAAUUGUAAACUGCGGCGCAAUCAGGGCGCCAUGUGUAGUGAUAAGAAUUCGCCCUGCUGCCAGAAUUGUCAAUUCAUGGCAUCGGGAAUGAAGUGUCGAGAGGCACAAUAUGCAACCUGCGAACAGGAGGCCCGUUGUACCGGAGCCCAUGCCGAGUGCCCCAAGUCGCCGGCUAUGGCGGAUGGAACCAUUUGCCAGGAACGCGGACAGUGCCGCAAUGGCAAGUGUGUGCCAUACUGUGAGACGCAGGGUCUACAAAGUUGCAUGUGUGAUAUCAUUGCGGAUGCCUGCAAACGUUGCUGCCGUAUGAGCAUCAAUGAGACUUGCUUCCCGGUGGAGCCGCCAGAUGUGCUUCCGGAUGGCACGCCUUGCAUUACAGGAUUCUGUAAUAAGGGCGUAUGCGAGAAGACCAUACAGGAUGUGGUCGAACGCUUUUGGGACAUAAUCGAGGAAAUAAAUGUGGCUAAGACCCUGCGUUUCCUUAAAGACAACAUAGUCAUGGCCGUUGUGCUGGUCACCACAGUCUUUUGGAUACCAGUUAGUUGUGUCAUCUCCUAUUUCGAUCGCAAAAAAUUGCGCCACGAAAUGAAGCUCAUAGAGUGGAGCCACAAAUUGGACUUGAUACAUCCCAGCGAUGAGAGACGUCGUAUUAUACACAUACGUGUGCCACGCCAAAAGAUCUCAGUGGCGCGAGCCUGUAACUAGCAUAGAACCCGGUGGCGGCCAUUGUUUUAUCUUCCGUGAGCAUUCUUCUCAAAACUGCCACAAAUUCUUUUGUAUUAAGUAUAAAAACAAAGAUAAAAAAAAACACCCAUUUGAAAAUACAUUUAAAGCAUAAUGAAUAAAAUUCCAUUUAACAUAGACCAAUUAUAAAUGAAAA